AUGGAAGAUAGAUGGCUAGGGAUCCACAACUUAGGAUACCAGAAUGAAAAGUCAGCUAUGGAGAGCUUCAGCGUGAAUGUUUUAGAUAACCAGAAACAUACUCAGAGAAGAUCCAACUCUUUUGAUAAAUUGUCCAUCAUUCAGGAUGAGUUUAGAACCGGAAAGAUUAAUUUAGACAAGACAUUGAAAUUACUUAUUAAGCUAAACAUCCCAUUUGAUUAUGUUCAUGUAAAAUAUGUUUUUAAGAAAACAAGUAAUCAGCCGAAGACUGGAACUAUUACUAUAGAAGAAUUCAGGGCAAUUUAUCGAACCCUUGCACACAGAAGUGAAAUACAUGAACUUUUCUGCAGUUAUUCUCCGAACCGCAAAAUUCUACCUGUAAUAAACCUGAUUGAGUUUCUCAGAAAAGAACAAUUUGUAAUUGAUGCUGAUGAAGCAAUUGCCUCUGAACUUAUUGCAAAGUAUGAACCCAUUGAAGAAGUGCAGAGAAAAAAACAGAUGUCGUUUGAAGGAUUUUUAAGAUACAUGAACUCAAAAGACUGUUUGAUAUAUAAAAGAGAACACACAAUUGUUUACCAAAAUAUGAGCCACCCAUUACGUGAUUAUUUUAUUUCGUCUUCCCAUAACACCUACCUCAUAUCUGACCAACUAAUAGGGCCAAGUCACCUUUGGGGUUAUUCAAGUGCUCUGAUGAAAGGAUGUCGUUGUUUGGAAAUUGAUUGCUGGGAUGGACCACAAAAUGACCCUAUUGUGUAUCAUGGUCACACUUUAACAAGCAAAAUUACAUUUAGAACUGUCAUCGAGGUGAUAGAUAAGUAUGCAUUUGUGGUAUCUGACUAUCCUAUUGUACUGUCUUUGGAGAAUCACUGCAGCCCUAAGCAACAGGAAGUAAUGGCAGACUAUUUAGAAACUAUUCUAGGUGACAAACUUCUUACUACAAUAAUUGGUGAUACAUUUCCUACAGAUCUACCUUCCCCUGAGGAAUUAAAAUUCAAAAUAUUGGUAAAAAAUAAAAAAGUUGGAACACUUGAAGAAACUGUUCUCAGGAGAGGUCUUGAUAGCCAUGGUGAGAUAGGGGAAUUUGUAGAAGAGGUAGAGCAAUCUGAAGAUGAUGACGCUGAUGAAAGCACUCCCGUGCUACCAAAAUCUCCUCUGCUAAAAAGAAGAAAUGCAGUUAAGAGAUCUCCACCACCCCCUCGAAAAAAGCGAAAGGUAAAAAAGGUAAAACUGGCCAUGGAGCUCUCAGAACUUGUGAUUUAUACCAAAGCUGAAAAGUUUAAAAGUUUUGAGCAUUCAAGAGCUAAUCAGAAGUUCUAUGAAAUGAAUUCAAUUGGAGAGACUAAAGCACGAAAACUUGCCAAACAGACAGCUAAUGAAUUUGUUUUGCAUACUGCCAGAUUUAUUACAAGAAUUUAUCCCAAAGGGACUAGAGCAACCUCUUCUAAUUAUAAUCCUCAAGAAUUCUGGAAUGUAGGAUGCCAGAUGGUGGCCUUAAAUUUCCAGACACCUGGACUACAAAUGGAGCUGCAAAAUGGAAAAUUUAUGGACAACGGUUGUUGUGGCUAUCUUCUAAAACCAGAAUUCAUGAGAGAUUUUACUACGCAGUUUAAUCCAUAUAAUGUAACAGGAAACCAUAAUCCAGUAACUCUUUCAAUAAGGCUGAUUAGUGGUUAUCAGUUACCACCUAGUAACCUCUCCAGGACUAAUAAAGCUGAUCCUUUAGUCCAGAUAGAAAUUCAUGGUGUGCCAGAAGAUCAAGUGAAACAACAGACUUGUGUCAUAAAAAGCAAUGCUUUGUGCCCUAGGUGGAAUGAAACGUUUACUUUUACUGUUCAAGUUCCAGAACUGGCAUUAGUGCGCUUCUCUGUGGAAGAUCAGAUAUCGCUAGCAGCAAAUGAGUUCCUGGGCCAAUACACUUUACCACUGCUGUGCAUGAAUAAAGGUUAUCGUCAUGUUCCUCUGUUUUCCAAACUUGGUGACAGACUUGAUCCUGCAUCACUCUUUGUGUAUAUUUGGUACUAUUAA